AUGCCUCGCUCACAGCUGGAAAUUACGACCUCUUCGGUCAUCCGUCUCGUCAAGGAGGAGGCUUCUUACCACCGUGAACUGCAGCAGCAGAUUGAGCGCCUUGCCAAGUUGGAGAAGGACGAGAGCAACGAAGAUGAGAACAAGGAAUACGUAUUGAAACAGGAGCGUCGGGCUCUGGAGGAGACCAAGAAGGUCAUGCCCACCUUGAAGAAGAAGAUUGUCGAGACCGUCGCUGAUCUUCAGAAACUCAUCACCGAGGAGGGCCAGAAGGGAUCUGAGAGCAGUGUCGAGCACAUCACUGCCGCCAAGGAAGCCAUCGCCAUGGCUAAGAUCGCAGAGCGUGAAGUGUCCUAG